UAUUAAAUCAAAUACUUUUUGUGUUUUUUUUGUGGAUGAGUUUAUUAAUAGUUCGUCUACUGUUGGCCUCAAUAUUAUUUUUGGUGACACUAUUGGCCGGAACGGUACCUGUUAUUUGGUAUCGAUCACAGAUUAAACGCAAAUAUCGCAAACAAAGACAGCAUUUGACAAACAAUGAUAACAAUACUGCUAUCGACGACAAUGAUAGUGAAAGUAGUGAAAAGUUGUUCAGUUUUGCCGAUAACUAUUGCGUACAAUUGGUCACCCAAUUAGGCGGUGGUGUCUUAUUUUUUACGGUAAUGGCACACAUGAUUCCCGAAGUGCGGACCAAUUUUGAUGUCUACCUCACAAGUAAUCACUCGAUAUUUGGGGCCAAUUCGGACGGUCGACCUAAUGGUUUACCGUUUCUCGAUUUGAUUAUUUGUUUCGGUUUUUUCUUGAUUUUCUCUACCGAUGUACUGAUGGAUUAUAUAAUUGGAUGUCCCGAUUGUAUUGUGGAUAAGGCAACACCUAAGUCAUCAAUUGGUUUAAACAGUUUGCCAACAGAUACCGACAAAAAUAGGCCGUCCGUACAGUGCAACAAACAGUUGGAUCAUAAACAGCAACGGGUGUCAGUCCGGAUACAUCCGACUAAUGUACUAAAUACCGGAUCAAACAACCAAUCGUUAACUGAGCCCUUCUGGCGACGUCUUGUACACGGAGUGGUCAUUGUGUUGACAUUUUCCGUUCACUGUCUGUUUGACGGCAUAGCCAUUGGCGUACAAACCGAUGCGUCUAAGAUGUGGACAGUAUUUCUAGCCAUAACAUCACAUAAGUUGGUCAUAGCGUUGACAAUAAGUGUUGAACUUUACGAAAUAUGCCGUACCAUUGGACUACUGGUGCUACACAUAACAUUGUUUGCCGCACUGUCGCCAACUGGUCUACUAUUAGUAAUCAUUGUGGCCGAAGGCUCUCUAGAUUCAACUAUUGAGACCAGUUUGACUGUCAUUGUGUUUAGCGCACUGUCCUCCGGCAGUGUCUUGUAUAUUGUAUUUUUUGAAUUAUUACAAAAACAUCGGGUCUGCAAACUGGCACCGAUAGUACAGCUUAUGGCAAUGGCCAGUGGUUUUGUCAUAAUGUUUAUUAUAAAUAGUCUAACACUACAGUGA